UGUGUGUGAGUGUAUUGCUGUCUCUUGCUCGUUCGCCCGCUUGUUUGUUUGCUCCAGUGGCCUGCGUCGCUGACGGCGUCAGCGUUUGCAUCAGUUGAUUGAGAAGCGUGUUUGCGAAUGGAAGCUAAGCGGGAUUGAACAAAAACAAAUUUUGAAGCAAACGGCAACAGGAACUCUUCUGUUCCUUUGAGCGCGUCUUUUUUUUUUUUUUAAUAUACGUUUAACUUCCCAUUGCUGUGACCAGCGUGUUCUUGUUCUUCUUGCGUGUGUGCGUGUUUUUUUUUUUAAAUGUUUGAUUAAAUCAAAUUUAUUUUCUGUCUUGUGUUUAGAACUGCAACUACUAGUUUUGUUAUCGAGUGUUAUCGGCUGCAGUGCAUGCUUAAAUUGUGAAAUUCUUAGAGUGUAAAUAGCUGUAAAAGUGCAGUGCGUUGUGCGCUGGAAUGCCAAACACAUUCAUACGUACACACACAUGCACACAUGCGCAUGUAUAAAAUAGUAUUUUAAGUUGUUGUGUGUGGGGCAUGCAACGAAACCAAAACCAAGCGAAUGUGAUGCAAAGUUGCGAUAAAAAGCAAAUAACAAACGGCGACAACGACGCGUGAAAAAUACAAAAAAAAAAAAACGAGAAACUGUGAAGAAAAUAAGAAAGAAAUCAAGAAACAGAAGAAACAAACGCGGAAAUGCACUUGAGCGCAUAAUUUUUAUAAGCCACAAGCAAAGCGACAAUGCCAACAACAAACACAACAAAAUAAGAAAAGCAAAAUAAAAAAAAAACUAAGCACAGUAAAGAAAUUUGCGCUUGUCAGCAAAUUGCAGCAGCAGCAGUAGCAACCAAAGAAGCCACAACAAACACACACACACACACAGAGACGCAAACGCAAAAGAGAGCGAGAGUGCGAGAGUCGGAGAGCGCAAGAGACCUGCGUAUGCGUGUGCAUGCUUGAGAGAGUUGGAACGUGUGUGCGAGUGGGAGCGAUGAUGAUCAAGGCGCUUGAGCGCAGCAGUAACAAUAACAACAACAACAGCAGCAGCAGCCAUAAUUGAAAUAACGCGUAAAAAUGUUGCAGGCGCACAGUGACGCCAGCAGAACAACAACAAGAGCAACAAGCAGAGCAAUUGUUACCAGGAGCCAAAGCAGCGUUGACAGCAGCGACAGUAAUACGACUGCGACGCCAACGUCAACGCAAGAGGAAAAGACAGUGCGACGUCGUUCCACCUUCUAUGUGCCGUUAGUUAUUGAGGACGACGAACAGCAGCAGCAGCAGCAGCCACAAGAGGCACAACAGCAACAACGGAGCGGCAGCAGUUCCAGCUUGAGCAGCAGCGGCAAAAAGUGUGCAGCGCGCAGUAAGUCAAGCGCUAAAAACAACAGCAACAGCAGCAGCACCAGCUGCAGCAACAAAAACAAGAGCAACAACAUAAUGUCACCACCCUGUGGCUUUAAUUGGAGCAUAAGCGGCAGUGAAGCCGCUGCACAAUAUUCCGAUUCGGAUGAUGAGGAGCAACAGCAGGUGCAACGCCAGCAACAGUUGCUCAAGUCAACGGCAGCAGCAGCAACCACAAGCACGAACACGAGCAACACGCCCGCUGCAAAACUCAAACGUUAUGGCAUUGUGCUGAAUGUAAUUAGCUUGAACGGCAGCAAUGCCGAGCUGAGUGAGGAUGUUGCUGAUGAGAGCACAACGGCAACAUCAGCAGCAGUAGCAACCAUAAGCGAUAUUAUUGAUGCCGGGUGCGCACCACGCACACAUUUUAAUGAAGAUAACGACAUUGUGAUGGCAACUCCGCCCAAACAACAAGCGCUCUCACUCUCACCGGCGCACUCACGGCAAUCAUCGUCAUCAACAGCAACAGUUGCUGCUGCUGCUGACGACGACGAUGACUCAGAGAUAAGCCGCAUGCAGACCAACACCUCUACGCCCAUCAAGCUAAUGAAGUCGCGUUCGCGCACCAACAUAUUGGCCGUGCCUUUGCCCAGCGUUGAGCGCGGACUGGCGACAACGUCAUCACCCUCGGCGGCGGCAGCCGCAGCAGCAACCACUACAACGACAACGCUAAUCACACUGCGUGCCAAGUCAAAAACGUUACCGCAGAACCUAUCGCCCUCAGUUGUGUUACGCGAGGCCGCCGAAUUAGACGUUACAGCAGGGUCCGUCUAUAACAUCAACAACAACAACAACAAUAAUAAUAACAACAACAACAGCCAUAGCCAUAAUAAACAAGCGCAGCUGCUGCAACGUCAGCUGUUCGGCGGCAGCAGCGCCAGCCAUUUAGCCGAGCCACAACAACAACAAUCCCAAUCCCAAUCAGCAGCUCGCUCAGCUGUCUCAUCGCCAUACAAAUUGCAAUACAGCUGCUCAGCUGCGAGCAUUAUAACGCCCAGCUUUCCGCCCAAGAAUCUGUUUCUGCUCAAGUCGACGCCCAAGCUCUGCCACGAUGUGCCGUUAGCAGCGCAGCAGCAGCAGCCAGCGCUAACAGGAGCAGCAGCAACAACAACAACAAUUACCUCGCCACCUAAAAAGUCUUUGAGCUUCAUACGUCGCACGCAUUCCACGAAAGUUGCUCGCAACGAAUCGCUGCUGAAGAGCGGAGGCGCCUCCAGCGGCGGCGCAGGGCAACACUCGCUGCUGCAUUGCGUGGGCAGCGGCAGCGGCAGCAUGCAUUCCUCCACGGGCCUGCACUACAGCUCGUCCAUGUCCGAUGACAUGGGCAUGGGCAGCAGCUGGGGCAAGCACUUCUUCAUCGACUACGACGUGUGUCCGCUGGGAAUGGACGAGCUCAGCGCCUACUUCCAGACCGACCACUGUGAGGCGCUCAUCUGCGAGCGCUUCAUGAUCAAAGAUCUCACAACUACAAAGCCGGCGGCGGGGGCGGCGGCGGCAGUUGCCACAUCCACUUCUGUGACAGAGGCAGAGACAGCCGCUGGCACUGCAGCGGACGAUGAUGCGGGACAUCAUUCGGAUACAUCAUACGAGAAGGCCUGUCGACGCGGCUCGGUGCCAACCACGCCCAUCUUGGGCAGCAAGCAACAGCAGCAGGAGCACAAUGCCGCCUCCCGUUUCACCAACUUCUUUUCCAAGCGUUCGAAUCCGCUGAAGCGCACCAAGUCGGUGACUAAGCUGGAGCGCACCAAGCGCGGCUCCGGCGGACUGCGCAGCUCGCGCUCACAUGAAAGUUUACUCUCCAGUCAUGCCGUCAUGUCGACCAUAGAUUUAUCCUGCAGCGGCGCAGUGGGCGUGGCGCCCGUGCAUCAAUCGGUGCUGGGGCGGCGGCAUUGCUUCCAGGUGCGCGGCGGGCCGCGUGGCGAGCGGUACUACUCGUGCGGCUCACGACAGGAGCGUGACCUGUGGAUUUACUCGCUGCGCAAGUCGAUCGCGCCCAAUGCGGAGCACACGCGCCGGACGGACAACUCGCUGAAGCUGUGGGUCUAUGAGGCCAAGAAUCUGCCGCCCAAGAAGAAAUACUUCUGCGAGCUGCAGCUGGACAAGACGCUGUAUGGACGCACCAGCGUCAAGCUGCAGACGGAUCUGCUCUUCUGGGGCGAGUACUUUGACUUUCCGGACAUACCCGAGAUCAAUGUGAUAACGGUGAAUGUGUUUCGCGAGGUGGACAAGAAGAAGAAGCGCGACAAGUAUCAGUUCGUCGGCUCGGUCAAGAUUCCCGUGCACGAGGUGACCUCGCGCGCCAUCUGCGAGGACUGGUAUCCCAUACUGAGCGACAAGGCGAGCGACAGUCUGGGCCGUGCGGGUCAUGGCAGUGGCAGCGGCGGCGGCAGCGGCGGCAAGGACAAGUCCGGGGAGCUGCUGCCCACGCUGCGCAUCAAGUGCCGCUUCCAGAGCACGGACAUCUUGCCCAUCAACGUCUAUGGCAACUUCCUGGCCUACCUCAAGGAGAACUACAAGCGCGUCUGCGAGACCCUCGAGCCGGUCAUCGGCGUCAAGGCCAAGGAGGACAUUGGCCAGGCCCUGGUGCUGCUGAUGCAUGCGCAGGGCCUCGCCGGCGCCUUUCUCACCGACGUGGUGGCUCUGGAUCUGCUGCGCGUCGGCGACCAGCGCUUGACCUUCCGCGGCAACUCGCUGGCCACCAAGAGCAUGGAGGCGUUUCUCAAGCUGACCGGCGAGCAGUAUCUGCAGGACACGCUCUCGGCGCCCAUCAACGAGCUGAUACAGUCGGAGCGCGACUGCGAAGUGGACCCCACCAAGACCAGCAGCUCCUCGGCGGGCUCGCUGCAGCGCCAGCAGGCCGCCCUGCGCCAGGCGGUGCGCAGCGCCUGGCAGUGCAUCUACGAGUCGCACAAGCAUUUCCCGCCGCAGCUGCGCAACUGCUUUGCCACCUUCCGGGAGCGUCUGCAGCAGCUGGGGCGCCAGGACAUGGCCGACAAUCUGAUAUCGGCCAGCAUCUUCUUGCGCUUCCUCUGCCCGGCCAUACUGUCGCCCUCGCUGUUCAACAUCACCAGCGAGCUGCCCUCGAAGCGUGCCACACGCAACCUGACGCUGGUGGCCAAGACGCUGCAGACGCUGGCCAACUUCACCCGCUUCCAGGGCAAGGAGAACUUCAUGGAGUUCCUCAACGACUUCCUCGAACAGGAGGCGGCGCACAUGCAGCAGUUCUUGGAGUUCAUUUCGACGCGUCCGGAGCACGCGCUGCCCGACUCCAUACUCGACUGGGCGGGCUACAUCGACCAGGGCAAGCAGCUCUCCAUACUGCACAGUCUGCUCAGCGAGAGUCUCGCCAAGCUGCCGGAGCAGCGGCAGCACGAGCUCGAUCCACUGCAGCAUAUACUCGACGAGAUUACGCGCGCCAAGGAGCACUCGGCUGGCCAGGCUCUGGGCUCCGGCUAUUUGCCAGCGGUGAUGUCAACGCACAGCAUUGCCAGCGAGAAUCAGGAGAAUCGUCAGCCGGCGGAGUGCAGUGGCUCCACCACAUCGCUGCUGGCAGCACAGCAGCAACAACAGCAGCAACAACAACAGCAGCAGCAGCAGCAGCAGCAGCACCAGCAGCAACAGCAACUGGCGCAGCCACAGCAGGCGGUCUUCAGCAAACCUGUGCCCGCCGAGCGUGGCAUUAUCCGUGGCGUGCUGACGCCCAGCGCGCUGGAGAAGAACAUCUUUCGUUAUAACGAUCCUACAGUAAACGCGCGUCUACAGCAACAGCAGCAGCAGCAACAGCAGCAGCAGCAACAGUUGCUCUCGAAUUCGCAGAGCAGCAUUGCAGCUGGCUCCACUGUGGGCUACAUGAGUUCGCCAGUGCUGCAGCAUGCCCAGUCGCAUAGCUCGAUGGCCAGCUCCUCGCUCAAUGGCAGCAGCAGCAACUUGUUGCAGCAGCAGCAACCGUAUGUCAACAAUCUGUGCCCGCCGGCGCCGCAGGGCAGCGCUGCCAGCACCAUGGAGCGUCUAGGCCAAAGCUAUCAAUAUCACAAUGGCAAUGCCAAUGCCAAUGCCAAUGGCAAUGGCAACGACUACGAGGCAGCCACACGCGCGCGCACUUUGCCGCGAAACAACAACAACAGCAACAACAACAACAACAACAAUGGCAGCUAUGAUGACAUGCGUGGCGAGUUUAUACAAAUCUCUGGGCUGGACAGCAGCAAUGCCUUUGUCUGCAAAUCCCCCACGCCGCUGCUGAAGUCGGCCAGCUCGUCGGCCGCUGUGGCACGCGCCACGACGCGGCUGCAGCAGCGCCAGCAGCUGAACUUGAAUCUGGGCAUACCGGAUCACUCGAAUGGCCAAAGCUACUCGCGCUUGCCGCUCAAUUCUAACUCGAAUAUGCCCAAGAAUCUGGAGGAUCUCGAGGACUUGCUCAAGUACGGCGAGGAGCACGAGGGCGAGCCCCAGCCCAGCGGCAGCAGCGGCCAGCGCUUGGCGCUCAGCCACGCCCAUGCUGUGGCACAUGCCGCCCACGCCGCCCUGGGCAAGCAACAGCUGUCGGCCAAGAGCAGCCAUUGCAGCUCCGGCUACCAAAGCAUCUCCACGAAUCCCUCGCCCGCGCAGUCCAACAGUCCAGUCGAGCAGCAGCAGCAGCAGCAGCAGCAGCUGAAGCUGGGCGCACCGCUGGCCUUUAAGAAUCCCUCGUAUCAGCUGCCACAGCAGCAGCAGCAGCAGCAACAGUCGCAGCAAGCCGUGGCACGCGGCAACUCAGGCUCGUCCUUUGGCAGUCGCUCCAAGCCGCUGGGCUUGGUGGCCGCACGUGCUGCGCUACUCAACAGCGGCGGCACCUUGAAUGCCGCCACCCUCACGCCCAGCUCCUCGGACGAGCAACUGUCGGCUGAGAAUUAUUACAGCUAUGCGGCAGCAGCAGCUGCCGGCGGCAAACUCGAGGCCCAUCGCUCGCUGAGCGGCGGCAGCAGCAGCUCCAAUUCCAGCAAGCCGCAUGCCUAUGCGCGUCACAAUGGUCCGCUCAAGCGCGAGGACGUCUAUGGCAAUCUGCAGCAGCAGCAGCAGCAACAGCAACAGCAUCAGCAGCAGCAGCAACAGCAGCUGGAGCUGGAGCACAAGCAAUACGCAAGCAGCGGCAACAGCAGCGCUGCAGCAUCCACCACAGCCGUGGCACAGCGACGCCUCAGCUUGGACUCGGCGCGCACGCUCUCGGACAGCAGCACGGAUACGGAGGGUCACUGCAAUCAGCUGCAGGAGGGCAAGCGACGUCGCCAGUUGCGCAGCAGUGGCGGCAGCGGCGCUGGCGAACCCAAGAGCUAUGACCAGAAUGGAGAGAUACAGCUGCUGCAGGAGAAGCUGGACACGCUGCGCCACACGCUGGACCGCGACGAGGCCGAGCUGCGUGAUUCCAGCGAUGAGCUCUUUGCGCUGCAGCGCUCCGUCAAUGUCAAUGGCGUGAACAAUCUCAGCCAGCAGUCGGAGUCCACCAUGCGCAGCAUCAUCGACCGGCUUAUUACCAUGGAGGAGGAGCUGCGACGCGAGCAGCUGAAGAUGACGUUGGCGCUGUCGCAUAAGCAGCGCGUGAUUGAGGAGCAGGGACAGCAGAUAGCAGCGCUAGAUGCAGCCAACAGUCGACUGCUGAGCGCGCUGACUGCGCUGCGACAGCGCUACGAGACGCAGCAGCAAGCACAGCAGCAGCAGCAGCAGCAACAAGCACAGCAACAGUAGCAACAUCAAGCACCAAAGAACCAAAAGCCACAGUGAGCGUUUGGCUGAGAGCAAGCAAUUGUGUGUGGCACACACACACACACACACACACACACACACACACACAGACAUAUGUUGUCAAUGUUUCGUCUUAAGUAACUUUUUUUUUUGUUUUUUUAGAUACUUUUUUUUUUGCUAUGCUACAUAAAUUAUACUAUCUGUUUAAU